GGAAAGACGGAUCCCGGCCCAGAGCGGCGGCCGGCGGCGGCGGGAGGAGCCGGCGCUGCGGUGCGGAGGAAGGAAGCGAGCGAGCGCGGGGCCGCUGUGCGUGCAGCCGGUGGUUACGGCUCUCGGUGCGAAUUGGGGCUUUUUCGCCGCCGCCGCCUGACAGUUGUUUGUCGCCGCCGUUUUCUGUGGAGGGGGGGAAAGCGAGCGAUCUGCAGCGACCGGGAGGCGUGAUUGGAAGCGAGAAAUAAUUAACUGGAGGAGGAAGAGGAGGCGGAGGAGGAGGAGGACGGGGGUGGAGGAAGACGAAGGAGGAAGGCACCGCGCGCAGAGCCGAGCCCAGCGGAGCGGCGGGACGCGGCAACUUCGGCCCCGGCGCAGCAGCCGGAGCGCUGCCCGCAGCGGCGGCCGCCUCAGCCCGUGCCCGCUGUGCGCGAGGGAGCGCCGCGCCGCCGGACAUGUCGGAGCACAAGGCCAGCGAGCCCAAGUUGUCGACGACCGACAGGGUGGUGAAAGCUGUCCCAUUUCCUCCAAGUCACCGGCUCACAGCUAAGGAAGUGUUUGAUAAUGAUGGCAAGCCACGUGUGGAUAUCUUAAAGGCACACCUUAUGAAAGAAGGGAGACUGGAAGAAAGCGUGGCAUUGAGAAUAAUAACAGAGGGAGCUUCAAUUCUUCGUCAAGAAAAAAAUUUGCUGGACAUAGAUGCACCAGUCACAGUUUGUGGAGACAUCCAUGGCCAAUUCUUUGACUUGAUGAAACUGUUUGAAGUGGGAGGUUCUCCUGCCAACACACGGUAUCUCUUCCUGGGGGACUAUGUGGACAGAGGGUACUUCAGCAUUGAAUGUGUGCUGUACUUGUGGGCCUUGAAAAUCCUUUACCCCAAAACACUGUUUUUACUUCGUGGGAAUCAUGAAUGUAGACAUUUAACAGAGUAUUUCACAUUUAAGCAAGAAUGUAAAAUCAAAUAUUCAGAACGAGUAUAUGAUGCCUGCAUGGAUGCCUUUGACUGCCUUCCCUUGGCAGCUCUGAUGAAUCAACAGUUCCUGUGUGUACAUGGCGGCUUGUCUCCAGAGAUCAACACCCUAGAUGACAUCAGAAAAUUAGAUCGAUUCAAGGAACCACCUGCAUAUGGACCUAUGUGUGACAUCCUCUGGUCAGAUCCAUUAGAGGACUUUGGAAAUGAGAAGACUCAGGAACACUUCACUCACAACACAGUCAGGGGAUGCUCGUACUUCUACAGUUACCCUGCUGUGUGUGAAUUCCUACAGCACAAUAACUUGUUAUCUAUACUUCGAGCUCAUGAAGCCCAGGAUGCUGGGUAUCGCAUGUACAGGAAAAGCCAAACAACAGGCUUCCCUUCACUAAUCACAAUUUUUUCAGCACCAAACUAUCUAGAUGUAUACAAUAACAAAGCUGCAGUAUUGAAAUAUGAGAACAACGUUAUGAAUAUCAGGCAGUUCAACUGCUCCCCUCAUCCUUACUGGCUUCCAAAUUUCAUGGAUGUGUUUACCUGGUCCUUGCCGUUUGUGGGUGAGAAAGUGACAGAGAUGCUGGUGAACGUGCUGAACAUCUGCUCGGAUGAUGAAUUAGGGACAGAAGAAGAUGGUUUUGAUGAAGAUCCCAUUUAUGCACAAAAGAAAGGAGCAACAGCUGCUGCUCGAAAGGAGGUUAUAAGGAACAAGAUAAGAGCAAUAGGAAAAAUGGCUAGAGUUUUCUCAGUGCUAAGGGAGGAGAGUGAAAGUGUGCUGACACUGAAAGGGCUGACUCCCACAGGAAUGCUGCCCAGUGGUGUGCUUUCUGGAGGAAAACAAACACUGCAAAGCGCUACUGUUGAGGCUAUUGAGGCUGAUGAAGCUAUCAAAGGAUUUUCACCCCAGCAUAAGAUCACUAGCUUCGAAGAGGCCAAAGGCUUAGAUCGAAUUAAUGAGCGAAUGCCUCCGCGCAGAGAUGUGCCAUCUGAUGCCAACCUUAACUCCAUCAACAAGGCAAUCUCCACAGAGACUAAUGGCACUGACAGCAACGGCAGUAAUAGCAGCAAUAUUCAGUGACCGCUGCCCGGGCGGGGGGUGAGCUGCAGGGCACGAUGGGGUUGCUGCGCAUUGGCAGUUGGAUGUUCUUGCCUCUGAUAAUAGCUUACUCGCUCUGGGGGCCAGGUGUUGGAUUCGGUUUACAAAAUCAUCUCCGAAGAGAUCGUAAACUUUAAUCUGGUGGGAGGGGGGUGGGGGAUAGACACCUCCUUUGGACAUGCCUUUAAAAUGCUUGUAGAAAAAUGAAAGCUAAUGCUGGUAUAUAUUGCAAAGUUAGGGGAAUGAACAUGUUUUCCUACUGCACUGGGAACUUCUAGAUAUGUUACUGAAAGGCCUUUUGUUAUGUUACUGGACAUGAAAACUUUGUUUAAUUUCUUACUAUUGUACGUUUACAGUUGCAGCACUAAACAUGGACGACAUCAAAGCAUUUUUAACAAAAUGUACAAACUAAAUAAGGACUAUUUAUUCAUAAUGUUUUGCUACUCUUGUCAGACAAUGGCUAUGAAAUAAAUUAGGCAGUCUUUAAAAAUAUAGAAAAAAAAGAAAAAAAAAAAGAAUGUUGGAAAUUUGUUUAAAAUGCCAAAAAAAAAAAAAAAAAAAAAAAAAAAGAGAGAGAGAGAGAAAGAGAGAGAGUGAGAGAGAGAGAGAGAGAGAGACGGAUUAAUUUUGUACAGAUUAUGCUUACCUCAGGUUUCUUUAGUGUGCUUCAAUGCCCUUCUUUAAAUAUAACACUUAUCUUACUAAUUUGGCAGCAAUUAUCCUUUUCUUUGUUUUAAAAAAAAAACUGGAAUUAUGGUAACAUAAAUCUUUUUUUGCUGUUUAUAAUUAGGAGGGUUUGGUUUGGGGGGUUUUCUGGGUUUUGUUUUGGAUUUUAUUUUAUUUUUUUUUUGGUAAAUCAAGUCUUGGUUGUGGCUUGCUGAAUUUAAAUAUUUAUGAGUGGUGCAUUUUUAAGUAUAGUGAACAAGACACCAUAUUAAGUGCAGUGAAAAGCAUCUAUAUUCUGUAAAAAUCUGCCUAUGCAUGUUUUUUAAGAAAAAAAAUGGCUGUAUAGGCCUGUAUGGGACUGUAAUGCGCUUAGUGGUCUGACUUAUACUGGAAAUGUAUGUAUACUGGCGUACUUUAUAUUCUCUAAAAAAAAAUGCUUAAUGCCUUUGAAAUUUUGUAAUCGAAAAAAAGCUUUGAAAAAUCUAAGGGGAAGAGUAUUCUUAAAGUUUUUAACAUGAGCUUGUCAGUGCACAUAUAGAUGGGUAGCAUGUUUAGCAAACCUUGUGAAAUUUAAAUAAGUUUGUAGUUACAUGUGAAAUUCUAAAUGCAUGAUAACUGUUAAUGUCAUAAUGGUUUAGUCAUUUUGUUAUGUUCUGUCAUGUGCCACAAAAUGUGUAAUUUUUUCACUUUUUUCCCUUUGUAUAUCAGUUACGGGUUUCGACUGGUUCAUUCUAAAAAGAAAAACUAAACAAAACGGUCCAUUGAUAUUUUUUAACAAUUGUAUAAGUGCCCAAGUAAUUCACUACAGCCUACAGCCUUGCCUUUGUAAUUUGACUUCGAAAUGUUGGCAAUCAAAAGCAUGCACUUGUAACAAUGAGAGAAGCAUUUUAUAUUACUACUCAAUAAAAAUGUGCAUGAACUUAA